AUGCGUCUCGCUCUCCUCCUCCCCCUCCUCCCCAACAUUGCCACAAGCUUGAGCUCUGCCUUUAGUAUCGUCGAUUCCCAAGUGCAAGUGCCCCUCCUACUCGAGCCCCUCGGCGAGGACCAGAAGGCCAAUGCCCAUCCCAUCAAGACGAACGACAAUGCCAAAUUACAGAACCUUCUCGGUGCGCUGGACGUGCUCGAGGACGACUAUUUUGCAACAUGGCAAGGUGUAUGGCCGACUGGAAUAGAUUGGACAUCUGCGGUCAUGGGAACCUUUGUUUCGUCGGCUCUUAGUACCAUUUCAAAAUCCCUCCACCAUGAUGAAAACCUGGUCAACAAGUACUUCACCCAGCUCAUCGCCUUCUACUUUGGCCAGGAUGCCUUUGGUCUGCGAGGGGAGGCAUAUGAUGACAUACUCUGGGUGGUAUUGGGCUGGUUGGAGACGAUCAAAUUCAUUGACAUACAGCAGGGUCGUCAUUUGGCCACGGCCUCGUCACCCUGGUAUGGGUCAAUUUGGAAGCCAGUAUUCGCACAUCGCGCUCGUGUCUUCUGGGACCUGGCAUCGCAUGGAUGGGAUGUGACGCUCUGUCGUGGGGGAAUGGUAUGGUCUCCGUACCUGGAACCUUACAAGAACGCUAUCACGAACGAGUUAUACAUUUCGGCCUCGAUUUCCAUGUACCUCUAUUUUCCCGGCGACGACAACGCCUCGCCCUUCUCUUCGCAUGUAUCUUCGCCCCUUCAGGCCCUUUCGAAUGCUACUAUCCCUCUAGCGAUUCCUCGAGACCCGAAAUAUCUAGCAGCUGCAAUUGAGGGAUACAAAUGGCUAAAGGCAAGUAACAUGACGGAUGCACAAGGGCUGUACGUGGACGGGUACCAUAUUUCAGGUUGGACAAAAAACAACACGAAUGGCAACACAAAUUGUGAUUCGCGGAAUGAGAUGGUGUACACCUACAACCAAGGAGUCUUGCUCUCAGGCCAACGUGGAUUGUAUGAAGCAACUGGCGCAAAAUCAUACCUCGAGGACGGUCAUCAGCUUGUUACGGAUGUGAUCUCCGCUACGGGAUGGGAUUUGGAUACGCAAUCACCAAUUCAAGACACAGACGAAAAUGGAGUUGGAAUAUGGCAUGGUCUUGGUCGAAGCGGGACUCUCGAAGAAGCGUGCGAUGUCGCUGGAGAUUGCUCCCAGGACGGUCAAACGUUCAAGGGGAUAUUCUUCCAUCAUUUUACCCGUUUCUGCGAGCCUCUUCCAGAACGACUCAUCCUUCAGGGUAGGACUAGUAAUGAUGGAUCCCUUGAGGAAGUGCGCAAAUACCACGCGAAGGAAUGCGCGAGUUAUGGAUAUUGGAUCAAGCACAACGCCAAAGGUGCUCUCAGCACACGUACCAAAGAAGGAAAAUUCGGGAUGUGGUGGGGAGCGCCGGCUUCUACCAACGCAACACAGAACAUGGAAAAUGAGCUACCAGAUCAAGCAGUUGAUUACCGAAAUCUUGGGGCUCCAAAAACGUGGAAAGGCAGACCCAUCACGCCCAAUCUUCACCCUCAAAAAGAGGAAGCCAAAAAUGCGAUCAGUGAACAGAAAUCUGCGCUUGGAUCCUCGGAUCUGAAUGAUAGAGGAAGAGGUCGUACGCUUGAGACCCAAGGUGGUGGACUCGCGGUUUUGAGAGCUAGAUGGGAACUUGUAGAUAGAGAUGAUUGA